UUGAAUGAUUGAUUGAUAUUUUGAAUACCUAGAUACCUUUACCUGUUCGUUUAGUUGAUAUUUUAUUAAAUGCUCUUUAAUUGUUUAAUAAACAACAGCAUUUUAUUUCAGUGCUAAAUAUUUUAAGCGUUUUAAAUUUUUCCCAAAAGUCCAAGAAAACCGCCUAAAUGCAAAACAUAGCAAAAAUGAUAACGGAGCAACUCCGGAACCCGAAUGAACUAGACAUCAAUCUCCGUAUGGAGUUUGGUCCAUUUGAAACGGUGCACAAGUGGAAACGGAUGUCUGAAUGCUAUGAGUUUGUUGGUGCCAGACGUAGUAAACACACUGCUGUUGCAUAUAAAGAUGCUAUAUAUGUGUUUGGUGGCGAUAACGGCAAGUCCAUGUUGAAUGACCUCAUACGAUUUGAUAUCAAGGAGAAGUCCUGGACCAAAAUGGGUUGUAUGGGAGUACCACCGGCACCAAGAUAUCACCACUCAGCAGUGGUGCACAGAUCAUCAAUGUUCGUGUUCGGCGGGUACACUGGCGACAUCCUCGCUAACUCUAAUCUCACCAAUAAGAACGACCUGUUUGAAUACAAGUUCCCGAGCGCACAAUGGGUCCAAUGGAAAUUCACCGGACAAGAGCCAGUACCGCGGUCGGCUCACGGUGCAGCCGUGUAUGAUGACAAGCUAUGGAUAUUCGCCGGCUACGACGGCAAUGCGCGACUUAACGAUAUGUGGACUAUCAACUUAGUUGGUGAAAACCAUCAAUGGGAGAGGGUAGAACAAAAAGGCCAGUGUCCACCAACUUGUUGUAACUUUCCCGUGGCUGUAGCGCGUGGCAAAAUGUUCGUGUUCAGUGGUCAGAGUGGUGCCAAGAUUACCAAUGCUUUGUUUCAAUUUGAUUUUGAAUCACACACGUGGAGCCGCGUGUGCACAGAACACCUGCUGCGGUGCGCGGGCCCGGCGCCGGCGCGGCGCUACGGCCACGUGAUGGCGGCGCACGCGCGACACCUGUACGUGUUCGGCGGCGCCGCCGACAACACGCUGCCCAGCGAUCUGCACUGCUACGAUCUCGACACGCAGAUGUGGUCUGUUGUACAGCCUGCGGCAGACUCGGCGACCCCUUCGGGCCGUCUGUUCCACGCAGGGGCCGUAGUGGGCGACGCGCUUUAUAUUUUUGGUGGGACAGUCGACAACAACGUACGGAGCGGCGAACUUUUCCGCUUUCAACUAUCCAACUAUCCUCGUUGUACACUACACGACGACUUUGGCCGAGUGCUCAAAUCUCAACAAUUUUGCGACGUGACACUACUGGUUGGUGACGAACAAACUCCCAUACUGGCCCACCAGGCGAUGUUGGCCGCACGCUCGCAGUAUCUCCGGGCUAAGAUCAAGGAGGCUCGUGAAGAGUUGUCCAAACGUAUCGCAUCUGGUGAGGAGAAAGCAUCCGAAGUAUACUCGUAUAAGGCCAAACCUCAACUAACAGUUAAACUACCAGAGGCCACGCCCGAAGCUUUCCAGAUGGUGCUCAAUUAUAUAUAUACUGACAGGAUAGAUCCUACAGAAAAAGAUGAGGACCCAGCUUCACCUGCGACGAUACUGCUGGUGAUGGAGGUGCUGCGGCUGGCGCUGCGGCUGAGCAUCCCGCGGCUGCGCGGGCUGUGCGCACGCUUCUUACGCGCCAACCUGUGCUACAGCAACGUGCUGCCCGCGCUGCACGCCGCGCACCACGCGCAGCUGCACUGCAUCAAGGAGUACUGCCUGCGGUUCGUAGUGAAAGACUAUAAUUUCACACCGAUCGUGAUGUCACCAGAGUUUGAGGAUAUGGAACAGAGCCUAAUGGUGGAAGUGAUCAGACGCCGGCAACAGCCCCCACCAAAGCAACCCAGCGCCACGGCACAGCACGAGUGUGACGAAGAGAUUAUAGGCACGACCCUGGAGCAAGACAUGUGCGUGUUCGUGGGCGGCGGCGGCGCCGAGCUGGCGGACGUGCGGCUGCGGGUGGGCGGCGCGCUGCGGCCGGCGCACCGCUCCAUCCUGGCCGCCAGGGCUGCCUACUUCGAGGCUAUGUUCCGCUCGUUCUCGCCGCACGACAAUAUCGUAAACAUCCAAAUCUGUGAUACAGUCCCUUCAGAGGAGGCGUUUGACUCACUACUUCGGUACAUAUACUACGGAGAUACGAACAUGCCGACUGAAGACUCGUUAUAUCUUUUCCAAGCACCUAUUUAUUAUGGCUUCACAAAUAAUCGUCUACAAGUAUUCUGCCAGCAUAACCUCCAAAGCAACGUAUCACCAGAGAACGUAUUAGCCAUUUUGCAAGCAGCCGACAGGAUGCGCGCCACAGACAUCAAAGAGUAUGCGCUCAAAAUGAUCGUCCACCAUUUUGGACUGGUCGCGCGACAAGAAGCCAUCAAGAAUCUAGCACAGCCAUUACUGGUUGAUAUUAUCUGGGCAUUAGCUGAAGAACCACACUUUGACACUCCUCUGCCACUCCAACCUCGCUCGCUGCCUUCAUCGUCAUCAACUGACAUUGUUACAGACGACAUGACUGAUUAUAUUAGACACAAAGUAAAAAAUUAUAUAUAAAGUCACUACAUAAGAAUGAGUGAACAAACUCUUAAGGGUUACUAAUGCUUCAUACGAGCCAGAUAAGGCCAGAUUAACAUAGGUAGAAGCCAAUAGGCAAUACAAGUCUUGGCCCUUCUUUUAUUAAAGAAAUAGGGUAGCAUUUAAACUAUACAUUAACGUCUUACAUCUUGACGCUAGUCAACACUAAUAAAUAUCAGUUAUUUAUAAAAUACUACAUAUUAUGUUGAACUUAUUGUACUCAUUGAUUACGUUCCAAUUCGUCAUUGCCGAGGUCAUAGCGGUUGUCUACUUUGAAAUGGAGAGACACAUGAUUCUGCUACUGAUCAAAUAGUAAUGCAUACACUUUAGCUACUGUUCUGGCGUUUGCUGGUGCAUUAUCGGUGUUUAAAGAUGUAGGCCUUUAAAGUCACUAAUUUCGAAGUUGUUUGGAACUGCACUUGACAGUUGACUGGUUUCCUAUUGUUACGGGUGUAGAUGACAAUGGGAUGCGGAAGUAGUAGUUUUAUAUGUUAAUUAUUUUAUUAUCAUCGUAACGAAUGUGUAUAUAUAUAAAUGAAUGAUAGAUGAUUACAAAAUAUGAAUGUGCCAACAGAAAGAAGUUUUAAUGUGUUCUGUAAUAUGAUCUGUACUAAAAUAUAAUACACAGCUUUAAUAAAGAUUAAUACAAGAAUAUUUAAUUUUAGAAAUAGGGGAAAUGUAAGAAUGACUAUUCUAAGGAUAUACAGUAAAAAUAGGUUUUUCUGCUUUUAUUAUUUCCAACACUUUGUAUAAUACGCUUGGACCCAUAUAAAAUGAAUUGUUAAGGCUUCUAAAUAUAUUAUAAAAGCCAGUUCUCUUAUUAAUACUUUAUAGGAAUGUGUGUAAAUAAUAAUUUAUUAAGAGCUUAAAUUUUUCAAAUAAGAUUUUAAAAAAGUCUUAUUGGUUCUGAGGGUCUCAUUAAAUAUCUCCAUGCAAAAUUUUAAAGUUUUAGCCCCAGUAAUUUUUAGCACUUUUGGGAGAUUAUUUAUCUGUUGAUAGUUCAGCUUCUUUUGUACAUAGAUUACUGCACAAUUGUUAACAGAUAGUACUCAUAACUUGUACAAAAAACUGCAUGUUUUAAACUUAAUCUUUAUUUUUAGUGACUAAUAUUAUUAAUUUAUUAUAAUAGAUAGUUUUAUAUCUAGAUUUGUAUCUAUUUAUUCUAUUGUUAAACCAAAUAUUGAAAUGUUUCAUUUUAUCUGUAUUGUUAACACAUUUUUGUUUAUCUACUUAUUGGAAAGUAUUUAAUUAAACCUCUUAAUACUUA